ACCGAUUCAGUUGUGAGAAGCAAAACGGAGUAGCCUCCACCUGGCAAGAAUUUUUCAUUUUUUACGAUUGAUUUCGUCCACCGGGAUUUUUCCAAUCAGUUGACGAAAAAUUUUAACCUCUCGUGGAAACAAUUCUGUUCCAUUGCAGUGAUUACCCCAGGGGGAGAGCGAUCCCCGUUAAUUUCCGGGGUUCCCAGACGAUUUGUGUUGUAAAAAUGUUGGGUUUGUAGGUUAACUAUAAAACAAAACUAGUGAAAUGGCGGAGAAGGCGAUAAUGAAGCAAAUUGCUGAGCAAAAGCUCAAGGCAUUCUCGAUCGGAACGAUGGGGAAGCGACCCCUGAGCAAGAAGGAGGUGGAGGAGCAGAGGAAGAAGGAGCAAGAGCAGGCGGCUGCUCAGGCCUUUGAGGAGUUUGUUGCCACCUUUCAAGAGACUCCCAACAAAACCACGAGCAAGGUUUGGGUCAAGGCUGGUACUUACGACGCUGGCAAGAGGCAGGAGGACACCAGGGAGAAGGGAAAACUCUACAAACCACAGUCCAAGAUCUCCGAACUUGUGGACAGCAGAUCGUCGGCUGAACAGGCACAGGAGUAUGCCAAGCUACUUGGCAGCAAUGAACGCAAGGCUGAUAGACUUGGGAAGAAGAAGAAGGAGGGGGAGAAGAAGAAGAGCAAUUUGGAACUGUUCAAGGAGGAGCUCAAGAUGAUUCAGGAGGAGAGGGAGGAGAGGCACAAGUACAAGGGGGUUGUGAAAAAUGUCAUCACUACGCAGUCGGAGGACCCUAUGUUGGCUGCGUUGAAGUGUGUCGAAGACGGAUCUUUUGAUAAUGGUGACCCCAACACUACGAAUCUGUACUUGGGGAAUCUGAAUCCAAAGAUCACAGAACAACAGUUGAUGGAGAUAUUCGGUAAAUUCGGACCUCUAGCUAGUAUUAAAAUUAUGUGGCCAAGGAGUGACGAGGAGAAGGCUAGACAGAGGAAUUGCGGAUUCGUAGCGUUCAUGAGUAGGCGGGAUGGGGAGAGAGCAUUGAAGAACCUUAAUGGUCGAGACAUAAUGCAAUACGAAAUGAAACUGGGCUGGGGUAAAAGUGUGCCAAUACCACCAUAUCCAAUCUACAUUCCACCAGCCCUGAUGGAGCUCACCCAACCACCACCACCCUCCGGCCUCCCCUUCAACGCUCAACCACACCGUCGCGAUAGGCACAAGAUACCACGUAUCCGCAACCUCCAGAGCGCGGACCCCCAGGAAAAGGAAAACUUUGAAAAGAUAUUGCAGAAUGCUGUUGUCAAAGUGGUUAUUCCAACAGAAAGGAACUUAGUAAUGUUGAUACAUAGAAUGGUGGAAUUUGUCAUUCGUGAGGGACCCAUGUUCGAGGCGAUGAUCAUGAAUCGAGAGCUGAAUAAUCCCAUGUUCAGAUUUUUAUUCGAGAACUACUCACCAGCCCACACGUAUUACCGCUGGAAGUUGUAUUCAAUUCUGCAGGGAGAUGGGCAGAAGGAGUGGCAGACGGAAGACUUUCGCAUGUUCAAAGGGGGAAGUGUGUGGAGACCACCUCCGAUAAAUCCGUGGACUCAGGGGAUGCCUGAGGAGUUGAUUGAAGUCGAGGAGAGGCAGGAACCGAGAAGAGGAAGCUUAUCGAAUAGCCAAAGAGACCGACUAGAGGACCUCCUUCGAAACAUCUCCCCCGAGCGUUUAAAAAUAGCGGAAGUAAUGAUAUUCUGCAUCGAGCACGCAGAAGCAGCAGAAGAAAUAUGCGACUGCAUAGCCGAGUCUCUCUGCAUUGUCCAGACCCCUGUGAACAAGAAAAUCGCUCGUCUCUACCUGAUCUCCGACAUUCUUCACAACUGUGGGGUCAAGAUGACGAAUGCCACGAUCUACAGGAAGGCGUUUGAGGCGCGUCUCCUCGGGAUAUUCAUUGAGGUUCACGAAGCCUGCAAGCAAUUCGACAGUAAGUUGAAAGCCGAGAGUUUCAAGGCUCGAGUAAUGAGGAUGUUCAGGGCCUGGGAGGACUGGGCGGUCUACGCCCGAGACUUCCUCGUCCGGCUCCAGAACACGUUCUUGGGGCUCGCGACGACUGACGAACCAGAAGUCGUGGAGGAUGAGGAUAUUGAUGGGGCGCCUCUGUCGGACGUCGACGGAGAUCCCAGCGAGGAUUUGGACGGAGUGCCCCUCGAUGGUGCUGCUCUGCUCAAGGGCGCUAUGAAGCUCGGAUUGACCCCUCAACCCACCAGUAACUACGACGACAUCGAUGGAGUCCCCAUGGACGACGACAUCGACGGCAUUCCAAUGGACGACGACAAUCGCUCCAACUCCAGGAGUAAAUCCAGCGAGAAGAAGCCAGUUAUGCCUGCGGGAUUCGUCCCCUCGAGGUGGGAGACUGUGGAUCCCGAUCAGGUGGAGGCUCAGGCCAUGACGACGAGCAAGUGGGAGGAGCUGGAGCAGAACGACGACUCCAACUCGCAGGAUGCCAGCAUGGACUCUGGGGGGAGGGAUUACAACGAGGAGAGGCGAACCAGGUUGAGGGAGAUUGAAGUCAAGACUAUGCAGUAUCAGGAUGAGCUGGAGAGUGGGAGGAGGAGCCUCAAGUCGGGGAUGACGAUCCAGGCGCAGGUCGAGCACUACAGGAAGAAACUCAUCAGAAAGUAUGCUUUACAGAGUGAGAGAGAUUCGAAAGACCACAAGAUUGAAGAGAGGGACGACGAGAGAAGACGCGAGCGACGUAGGAGCACUUCCCCGGACUCGCCAGUCCACUACAGAGAGAGGAGGAGAGCCUCGCCGAAUUCUCCCCCAAAGUCUCGUGAAAAGUACAGAUCGCGCAGCAGAUCGCCCAGGAGUAAGCGAAAAUCUCGUUCACCGCACAGGAAGCGAGCCCCAGUGACACCCUCACCCCCCAGAAUUCGCACGACUCCAUCGCCCGUGUUCUCGUCGAGAUCAUCUCGGCGAUCUCCUGGGAGCGAGAGGAGCGAGAGGAGCGACAGAAGUGAACGCAAGAGACGAGCCAGAUCUCCCUCCAUGUCUCCCCCACCGCCACCCAGGAGCAACACUAAACAUCGGGGCAGCAGCCCCUCGUCACCCGCGAGAAAACACAGACACAAGCACAAAUACUGAAGUCUGGAACAAUUCCCUUUUCUACGUAAUAAACUAGUGCAUAAAAUCUUCGCCAAUGAACCUGAUCCUUUUUAGUUGAUGGCAGUUAUUGGAACGUUAUACAUUCUUCAAGCAAAUUUCUCUCCCACAAGUAUACAAUAUUCAUCACGUAAUUUUCUCUUUUGAGGAUCAUAUCAUCUUUGUAUAUAGCUUCAACGUCCUGAUGCCGAAAGUGAUUUUUAUCGGUUACUUUUCAUUCUGUUUGGUCCAACUCGCCAGUACUUCAAGCGUCUGUAUCAUUGAUCGUUGUAUAAACAUGAAAUAAAUUAGUAUAUGAAAA